AUGUGUCAGGUGUUUCUCCACUACCGAGAACCACCCUGGUGGUAUUUGAGAUACAGUCGGGAAGGGCUGUGCCUCGCCUGCGGGAUCCCCGCCACCUCUAUGGUGUGUCUGGACAUGUGUCCCAAACACUCCGACGCUUGCCUUACGAGUGUGAGGUCAUCCCGGGGGGAAUACAGAAUAUUUGUGAGCCGGUUUCCUAUUUCAUGUUCUCUUCUCAAGCUUUUUAGUUCAGGAGUAGACUUAAUGAAAGCUAGACUUUAUACCGGAGAGCAUUUUAUGUCUGGAGGAAGCCCUUUUGGCUUUCCUGUGUUCCCGGGGUGGACUCCUCCCUCCCCAGAGCCCCUGUGCCCUCAGAUGAACACCAAUGAGCGACUUAGUCUGAGGAGGAGGACAUAAUUGUCUACAAUACACAGGUAAUAGAAAAUGUCAAUCACUGAGCUGCUCUCGCCUGGCAUAUAUACAGCAUACAGGAUGUUUUUAAUAUGAUGGACUGCUUUCACGGACCCAGAUUAAACCUAGUCCUGGACUAAAAUGCACUUUCAAUUGCGAUUCUCCAGCGAGCAGGAUUUUAAGUCCAGGAUGAGGCUUACUCUGUUUCCACUAGGGAAGGGGUUCUCAAAGUGGGGUCUGCAGACCUCUGGGGCCAGAUUUCAAAAUACAUUAUAAUUAUUUAUUGUUUACAUAAUAUUUUUUACAUUAAUUUUACUAACAACAACAGAUUAAGCAAGUUUUGGCCAAGGGAUACUUGAAACAAGUUUAAAGGGUGUAAUACAAUACAAUACAAUGUAAUAUGAUUAAUCUACAAUUUAAGUUCUUAACCCUGGGCAGGCUGUCACGUUGUAUAAUGAUUAGAAGACAGGCGCAGGAAUACGUAUUAGGGAUUUUAUUUCCUCCACCCAACACAAGGUACGUCAUACAAAAUGACGGGGACGAAGCCCAAAACAAACACGUAUAUAUAUAUAUCACAGGGAUGUAACCCAAACAAAAGAGUGAGGUGUAAACCUCUAAACAAUACACGGGACGAGACCCGUAAUAACAAGAGCACAAUCCACGGUACUCACGAGACAAACGGACAUGGGACAAUAAUCGACAAGGACAAUGGGGAACAGAGGGCACAUAUACAGUGGGGUGAACAAGUAUUUGAUACACUGCCGAUUUUGCAGGUUUUCCUACUUACAAAGCAUGUAGAGGUCUGUAAUUUUUAUCAUAGGUACACUUCAACUAUGAGAGACGGAAUCUAAAACAAACAAAAAUCCAGAAAAUCACAUUGUAUGAUUUUUAAGUAAUUAAUUUGCAUUUUAUUGCAUGACGUACUGUAAGUAUUUGAUCACCUACCAACAAGUAAGAAUUCCGGCUCUCACAGACCUGUUAGUUUUUCUUUAAGAAGCCCUCCUGUUCUCCACUCAUUACCUGUAUUAACUGCACCUGUUUGAACUCGUUACCUGUAUAAAAGACACCUGUCCACACACUCAAUCAAGCAGACUCCAAACUCUCUACAAUGGCCAAGACCAGAGAGCUGUGUAAGGACAUCAGGGAUAAAAUUGUAGACCUGCACAAGGCUGGGAUGGGCUAUAGGACAAUAGGCAAGCAGCUUGGUGAGAAGGCAACAACUGUUGGUGCAAUUAUUAGAAAAUGGAAGAAGUUCAAGAUGACGGUCAAUCACCCUCGGUCUGGGGCUCCAUGCAAGAUCUCACCUCGUGGGGCAUCAAUGAUCAUGAGGAAGGUGAGGGAUCAGCCCAGAACUACACGGCAGGACCUGGUCAAUGACCUGAAGAGAGCUGGGACCACAGUCUCAAAGAAAACCAUUAGUAACACACUACGCCGUCAUGGAUUAAAAUCCUGCAGCGCACGCAAGGUCCCCCUGCUCAAGCCAGCGCAUGUCCAGGCCCGUCUGAAGUUUGCCAAUUACCAUCUGGAUGAUCCAGAGGAGGAAUGGGAGAAGGUCAUGUGGUCUGAUGAGACAAAAAUAGAGCUUUUUGGUCUAAAUUCCACUCGCCGUGUUUGGAGGAAGAAGAAAGAUGAGUACAACCCCAAGAACACCAUCCCAACCGUGAAGCAUGGAGGUGGAAACAUCAUUCUUUGGGGAUGCUUUUCUGCAAAGGGGACAGGAUGACUGCACCGUAUUGAGGGGAGGAUGGAUGGGGCCAUGUAUCGCGAGAUCUUGGCCAACAACCUCCUUCCCUCAGUAAGAGCAUUGAAGAUAGGUCAUGGCUGGGUCUUCCAGCAUGACAACGACCCGAAACACACAGCCAGGGCAACUAAGUAGUGGCUCCGUAAGAAGCAUCUCAAGGUCCUGGAGUGGCCUAGCCAGUCUCCAGACCUGAACCCAAUAGAAAAUAUUUGGAGGGAGCUGAAAGCCCGUAUUGCCCAGCGACAGCCCCGAAACCUGAAGGAACUGGAGAAGGUCUGUAUGGAGGAGUGGGCCAAAAUCCCUGCUGCAGUGUGUGCAAACCUGGUCAAGACCUACAGGAAACGUAUGAUCUCUGUAAUUGCAAACAAAGGUUUCUGUACCAAAUAUUAAGUUCUGCUUUUCUGAUGUAUCAAAUACUUAUGUCAUGCAAUAAAAUGCAAGUUAAUUACUUAAAAAUCAUACAAUGUGAUUUAUUGGAUUUUUGUUUUAGAUUCCGUCUCUCACUGUUGAAGUUUACCUAUGAUAAAAAUUACAGACCUCUACAUGCUUUGUAAGUAGGAAAACCUGAAAAAUUGGCAGUGUAUCAAAUACUUGCUCUCCCCACUGUAUACAUAUACUAAUCAGGGAGGAUGGGAACCAGGUGUGCAUAAUGAGACAAGACAGUCUGGGGUUGGUGGUAAUGAUCCAGGUCAGUGAUGCCUAGAAGACCGGUGACAUAGACCUCUGGAGCUGGUGAACGGAAUGAGCAGCAGUACCGGGGGGAUCCUGACACAGGCUCACAGAGAUAUUGGUAUCCACAAUACUCCACCAAUUAUCAAAUGUUCAACUCAAUAAUUAUUCUAUUCUAUUCCAAAAUGUAUUUUUUUUAAACAUAAAUGCACUGUAAUUUAAGCUUUAAAACUACAAAGUUUUCUCUCUGCCUCAUGACAAAAUGUGUAGAAUUGCAGGAAUUUAGCUUGAAAACUGCAACAUUUUCUCUCCGAUGCCAAGAGGUGGGCCUUUAAAAUGCUCCUUCACAGGGCCUGAGACUUGGUUCAUCCGGCCAUGCUCUGCCGAAGUCAUAGUAAAACUCCUUUUAUGACACUCGAGUUGUGUUCUGAUUAUAAGGGGGUCCCUGAUAAAUUUGCUAUCACAAAAGGGGUCCACGGCCCCAAAAGUUUGAGAACCCCUGCACUAAGGAACCAGCCCAAAAUAUCCGUCGUUCUGCCCUGACCCCUGCUGCUGUGUCUCUCUCUGGGCCUGAUGACACCACUCUGCUGUUCGAGGGACGCUUCGAGAGUGGCGACCUGCUGAAAGCAACAAGAGUGUGAGUACAGAACAUCCAUAAGUAUUGUCAACCCUCUCACACUGUCAUUCAAAGUUCUGAGUGAUUGACAAUUUCCAUUCUGUGUUGUGUGAUUUCAUUUCAAUCCUCUAAUAUUGUCACUCAUCCUAGUCAUGAGUGAAUGAAUGCCCACAGCCAUUUACAUUCUGUCUAAUCUUAUUUAAUUUAAUUUCAGUGGUGAAUUUGAUUACGAGCUCUCUCUGCGCACCGACCUGUACAAGGAGAAGCACACUCAGGGGUUCCACUUCCAGGUGAGGAACACCCGUGCGGGGGUGCGUUAACUGCUGAAGAUAGGUUGUUAUUGCCAUUUUUACUGUGACUCUUUUCCCUCUCCAUCUUUUUUUACAUUUUUUUGUGUUUUGCCAGAUUUUCAUGUGAUAUAGCCAACAUUUUUAAAUACAUGUUGAUUUGAUUUGAUUUGAUAGUGACCAGCCUGUGUGAGGAGGGGCAGCUGCCCCUGCUCUACUCUGAGGAGAUUGCCCGGGUCCAGGGUGUAGGCUGGCAUCGGGUGGGUCAACAGGCCUCCUUCCAAUGUAAUGUGCACCAGCACACCAACCAGCCCUGCUACUCCCUCUCCUGGACCUUCUGCUUCCCUUACUACCAAGUCCUUACUACCAAGUAAAGAAAAUGAUUGAAUGUGCUUCAACACUCCAGCACCAAAAGGCCAGCACUCACUUGAUUAUAUGUUACAAAUGAAGCUUUGUCUAAAGGCCCAAUGCAGACAAAAAUGAGAUUUUCCUGUGUUUGAAAUAUAUUUCCACACUAUGAGGUUGGAAUAAUACUGUGGAAUUGUGAACAGUGUAAGAGCUCUUUGAAAAGACUGCCUGAAAUUUCAGCCUGUAUGGGAUGGAGUUUUGGCCUGCCUGGUAACAUCACCAGGAGGUACAGUAUAUUAGUUAACAGACCAAUAAGAAAGAGAGUUCCAAACCUCUGUUAGGCCUACUGCUGCUAGGUAGCUCUCUCUCUGCUCUUCCCCUCCCCUCUGUCUGUCCUUGAUUGCAGGAGUGAAGUCUGGUGUGCGGGAGUCAGGGUUCCAGCUGCAGCAUUCACCAUAAUCACCUCAGCCUUUAAGACCCGGUCAAACUUGCCACUCAUCGUCAGAUCAUAGUCAAGACGACCAUGUUAGUUUCGCUGUUGACUCAACCUGCUUGUUUUCGCCCUUUGUGUUUUUGGCCUGUUCUAGUUACUUUUCUCCUGUGCCACAGAUUAUUGGAACCUGACUCCUGCCUCCGCUUCACUCCUGCCACCACCAUCCUGCUUUCCACUACCGGACCUCCCUUUUGGACUCACCACGGACACUAGGACAUUACGGUACCACACCUGCUCUGAACCUGGAUCUGUUACCCUCCCUGUAAACCUGGACUUGCUCUUCCCCUAUUAUUGGAAACCUGGACAAAUUGAACUUUGUAAAUAAACCUGUUAAACCUUCUCUGGCUCGGUGUAGUUGUCUGCAUUUGGGUUCAAAUCCAGUUAAAUCAUGACAACCUCUCUGCCAAUAACUGCUAGUUUUCAGUUUUCCACUCCCCACUCAGACCACUCCCAGACAGUCCUAGCAAAAUUCUUGCUUGAGAAAUUGUUCUUUGCUAAGAAGCUAUUUUAGUUUAUUUUUUUGACAUUUUUUAUUGAAAACAACCACAGUAAGGUACUUAAUUGUUAACCCAGAAAUUAAAUGAUAUUGAGAUUAAAAAAGCUGCAUUGGACCUUUUAAAUUAAUUUUCUUUAUCUUAUUCAAGCAAGAUGUCUUAGUAGACCACACACUGUCAACCGUCAUACGUUUUGGCUUGCACCUUCUUCAGUGCGACACACCUAAACGACAUGUCUUUAAUACACAAACAUUCGUAUAAAUGUUUCCCUUAUGACAAGGACACCUGCUACUGUUCUCACUGCUACCCCUACACCUACUCCAACCUGUGGGCCCACCCAAAGUUGUGUGAGGAGAGUAAGGUGCUGCUGUACUUUGAUCUCCAUGGACACAGCCACACAAUGUCUUCACCUACGGCUGUGAGAACCCCCGGCCUGCUGACAGACACUCUCACGAACGCGUCUUUCCUCUGAUUCUCAGCAAGAACUGCCCUGAGAUAGUGCUUGAGGCGUCACUACAGACCCCCUGGUUCGAUUCCAGGCUGUAUCACAACCAGCCGUGAUUGGGAGUCCCAUAGGGCGGCGCACAAUUGGCCCACGUCGCCGGUGUAGGCCGUCAUUGUAAAUAAGAAUUUAUUCUUAACUGACUUGCCUAGUUAAAUAAAGGUUAAAUAAAAAUUGUUUCUGUGUUUUAUCCCCCUCAGUCAAGGCCAGGGCCCAUAUCCACAAAGCUUCUCAGAGUAGGAGUGCUGAUCUAGGAUCAGGUCCCCCCUCUCCAUAUAAUCUUAUUCAUUAUGAUCUAAAAGGCAAAACUGAUCCUAGAUCAGCACUUCUACUCUGAGAUGCUUUGUGAAUACCGGCCCAGUUGAGAUGAAACACCCAACAGAAGAUCAGACAGUUUUAAGUAGUUUGAGAAUACAUUUUCCUUGAUUUGAACUGCCUAGCUUUUUCUCAUGUUGGCUGCUGGGGUUUCCAAGAUGCAACAAAUCUUAGCAAAAGACUGGCCUCUCAAACAUCGGAUCUUUAUGUGUCCUCCACACAUGAAAAAAUACUAUAGCAUACUAUGGUAUAAAUUCUAUAGUACUCACUGUAGUGUUUUUGCAGACUUUACUGUAGUAUUCACUGUAUUAUACUGUAGUAUUUACAGUGAACUAUAGUAUAAAUACUUUAGUAAAAGAAAACUGUAGUGUAUAUGUAAUGUUUUGUAGAUUGUAGUAUACUGUAGUAUUUACUGUAGUUUUUUUGCAGACUGUACUAUACUGUAGUAUUUACUAUAGUGUUUUUGUUUUUUUACCUUUGAUAUUGAAGUGGAGGCUUUCUCCUUCAGGAAACCUACUGGAGAAAUACUAAAAGAGCAAAUGUUCCAUAACCUGUAGGUAGGUAGGUCUGGGGCCUGAACAGAUAGUUCAGAGCUUCUGCUAUUUUCUAUAACCUGCAUGGAACACAAUUUAGUCUAUACUUGGCAUGUAGGUUUCUCACUUAUCGGUGGCACAAAUUGCGACAUGGGGGAGGGGAAUACUGUUGUAUUUACUAUAGAUAGAAAAGUGUAGUGUUUUUGCGGACUGUAGUGUUUUUGCGGACGUUACUGUAGUAUUUCCUACAGUGUUUGUUGUGUUUGUUGUGUGGAUAAUACUGUAGUAUUUACUGUAGUAUUCUACAGUAUACUACAACAUUCUACACAUGAUCGAGGGAUACUACAGUGUGUAGUAUAGUAUUCUACUGUAUACUACAGUUUACUGUAGAAUUUUAUAGUAAGUACUGUAGUGUUCUAUAGUAAACUGUAGUAUUAUUUUCAUGUGGGUCAGUUUUCGUUUGGGAGCUUUAAGUGUUUAAGCUUUAAGGUUCAGCGCAGGAAGGAGGGGACAGACAGAGUGGCUCUGUGGGGGCCAGGGGCCUUUUCUCCUUUACCCUAAAGACUUCUGUGGCUCCAACAUCGGCAAGGAUAUCCACCACAUCGCUGCAUUUUUCCAUCUCUACCAUGUCUCUCCAGCAGAAGAGAGAGAAAGGGAGAGAAAGAGAGACAGAGAGACAGUGGAGCUAGAUUUUUGAAUGGAAAGGAAAGAUUUGAUAGACUUAAAGCUAAAGUACUUUACUUUAGUCAGAGAACUCGGCACGUCUCAGGUUUUACCAGUCAGAUUAAGUCAGUCCAAAGAUUUCACUUUUCGUUUGAUUGCAGGUUAGAGGAAGGGGACCCAUUUCAGCAUUGAGGACCUGGAGAUGUUGGGGGGGGGCUCCGUUCUGUGACACACUACUGGACUAUUGUGAACUGCACAGGACAAAGGUGUAACCAGAGCCAUUGGGGUGGAACUGUUUGAGUGUAACCUGUAACGAAGAUUCAAUAUCAGCUUGUUCACAUUAGAAACAGACAGAGGCACCAGUCUCACCCGUCUGUAAUGUUCUUCCUGCAGUAUAGUGCGUGUGUGAGAGCUACAGGAGAUGAUGAGGUAGGAGGCAGGUCUGCCCAUAGACACAGAACCAACUGAUACCUCACUGACUGGCCGUGAGGCCAGGCACAGGUUACCCCAUUCACCACAGAACAUCAUUUAGGGCCCGAUUCAGUGCUGAGUUAUUCCCGCACAAUUUGGAAUUUUGCAUAAAUAAUUCAUUGAUGUGUAUAGUUGUGUUUCAGCACCAGUGGAUCCAACAGCUUAAAGUCAGAUGGACCUCCUGCUCACCUCCAGGCCUUUAACAAGGUAGUAACAGUGGUAGUAGCAAACUAA